AGAAAAAAUAAAAGGAAGACUCCAGGGAUCACCGCUGUGUUUGUGAAUGUAGAACGCCUGUCUCCACCAGCUGAAAGGGAACUACAGGAGGCUUGGGGGGUGAAGGUCUUCGAUAGAUAUACAGUAGUACUACAUAUUUUCCGCCGCAAUGCUCGCACCAAAGAAGCAAAACUUCAAAUCUCCCUGGCAGAAAUUCCACUUUUAAGGUCACGUUUAAAGAAUGAAGUGGCGAACCUCGACCAGCAAGGUGGAGGCUCAAGAUACAUCAUGGGGUCUGGUGAGACAGCCAUGGAGGUGCAGCAGAGGCUUCUGAAAGAAAGAGAGCUGAAGAUCCAAGCGACUCUUGAACGUCUGAGACGCAAAAGACACCUGCUCCGCUCUCAGCGCAAAAACAAAGACUUCCCCACUGUAUCCGUCAUGGGCUAUACCAACUGUGGCAAAACCACUCUCAUCAAAGCCCUGACGGGCGAUGCUGGCCUGCAGCCCAAAGACCAGCUCUUUGCCACUCUGGAUGUCACAGUUCACGCCGGGGAGUUGCCCAGUCACAUGACCGUCCUGUACGUUGACACCAUUGGUUUCCUGUCCCAGCUUCCCCAUCAGCUCAUCGACUCCUUCUCUGCUACUCUGGAGGACGUGACCCACUCGGACCUCAUUAUUCAUGUGCGAGACAUCAGCCACCCAGAGACAGUGUCCCAGAAGGUGAACGUCUUAAACGUCCUUAAGAACCUGCAGAUCCCUGACAGACUCAUGAACACAAUCAUAGAGGUCCACAACAAGGUGGAUCUCAUCAGCGAGUAUGAUCCCACAGAACCUGACUGCUUGCCAAUUUCAGCACUGAAAGAACUCGGCUUGGAGGAUCUGAGACAGAAGGUGGAGGAAGGAAUAAUGAAAUCCACAGGGAAACAAAUCCUGUCCCUUAAAGUGGACCUUAGCAGCCCUCAGCUGGGAUGGCUCUACAAAGAGGCCACAGUGCAGGAAGUGGAAGCUGGGGGAGACGACUGCAUGGCCACUGUCAAGGUCAUCAUCAGCGCCGCCGCAUAUGGUCGCUACAGGAAGCUGUUCCAGAACACUUGACAGCAGGACAGGUUGUCCUUGUGUUCCAGCUGCACCCAGACUGCCUCGGGAGGCACGUCUACUCGGCCCUGCUCUCAAACUUCUCCUAUCUGCUGCUCAUACCUGUGGUGGACUCAAGAAUCUUAUCAGCCAAGGGAAUGAGGAAGAAGACCGAAAUAGAAAGUGGACAUAAAAAGUGUAUUGCUUGUGGAAAUGUAACAGUAAAGUGACUAAUGGGGAACACAA